AUUACUCUUAAAAACAAUGGCGAUAAUUGAGAGUGUCGAAGAUGUAGACAAACUUAGCCAAAUGCUGCUCUAUAACAGUAUAAAUCUCUCUCAAGAGAUAGUAUUAGGGAUAGAUUGUGAAGGAAUUGCACAUGGAUGGCCAAUGGCAUUAUUACAGCUCUAUUAUAAUGAUCAAACUUAUCUCAUCGACCUAGUUACCGAGAAAUCCCUGCUAUAUUAUUUAAAAGAAGUUUUUGAAAGCCCAUACAUCAUAAAAAUUUUCCAUGACUAUCUCGGUGAUUGUGCCUCCAUUGUCCAAAACUACGGGAUAGAGUGUCAAGGAGUAUUUGAUACUCAAACAGCAAGAAGACUUUAUUCAGAAAUUCUUCCAGAAAAGAAAAUAUGCUAUAGUAUAGGGCUUGGAUCACUAAUGGAGGAAUUCCUUGAUACAAAGCACACUAACAAGAAGGAGAUUCAUGAAAAAAUGAAAAAUGAUCCCUAUUUCUGGUAUCAAAGGCCACUUUCCCAAGAAAUGGUGGAAUAUGCAGUUCAAGACGUCAAUUUACUCCCAGAGCUCUAUUUCUACUUCAGAGAACUCUUCCAAAAUUUGGAAGCUGAGUUCCAGUAUGAACAAAACGCACUGGCUAAAAAGGUCAUCGAAGAAGCUCUCGUCUGCAACCAAUUAGCUUUUAUGAACAGAGAUAAGGAACUUACCUUACUGAAACCAGGAGAUAUUCUAAAGGGAAUAGUGAGAAAUAUUACUAAAAAUGUAAUAUUCAUCGGGCUUAACAUUGGUGUCCCCGGGUGAGUCAAAGACAAGAUCACUGCUGACUUCAUCAAAAACAAUCUUGGAGUUUAUGAAAUUUACGAUUUCGUCUUCACAAAAGCUAAAAAUGAUAAAAUAAUCUACCUCCAGCUCCCUAAUACAUAUAAUCCAAAGUUAAAGAAAGAUUCAAAAUCCUUCAAGAAGUCUGACAUAAAGGAGGUGAAGCCAUUCAUACCAAAAAAGAAAAUUUCGGACAAAAAGAAGAGUCUCAAUGCUAAUUCAUGCUGCUUUUUGCCCAAAAAUAAUAAAGCUAAACUAAGUCCUGAUGCUCCUUAUUUUACUCCAAGCUCAGCUCAUGCAUCCAAUCUUGAAGAGACUCCUUUUGAGUCAUCAGGAUAUUUUGAUGAAGACCAGGACACCAAAGAAGAAAUAGACAGUAUUGAAGAGAGUGAUAGUAAAGAAGACACCUCUACAGAAAUGGUAGAGGAAGACCUCCAUCCAAAGAUAAGUUAUAGCAAGCAUAAUGAUCUAAAGUUCCUAUCUCCUGAAAGUGAGAAUACAUCAAAGGAAACAAAGGCAUCUGAGACGCCUUCUAAGCUCAAGCUACCAGAUGAGACAGAAGAAGUGAAAGAACUAAGAUCCUCAAUGACAAAGCUCAGUCUUAGAUCUAAGAUUUACAAGAGUCAGAAGCACAAUGAAUGCAAAAAGUUUGGGUCAGCUGCUUCUCUGAAUUUGAAUUCCAAAAACUUCACCCCAUCUCAGACAGCUGAUAAGGUUCUAUGCUUACCCACCCAGUGGGAGACAUGGACCUAA